AUGACGAUCCAAUUUUUAGUGAAAACCCCAGAAGACGCAUUGGAGUCUCGGAUGAACUACGGCACCAUUGAUGCUCUCAGAUUAAAGAUGAUCAAUCAGCUCAAGGCCAAUGAAGAGCUUAAGAACACGACCAUUAAAAUGGCGGAGCAGAGCAAAGUUCUCAACACUCCUGGUGCCGAAAAGCAGACAAAAAGAGAGCUUUUUGAUGCACCAAGGCAGGAGCUUGAAGCCCAAGUGCUUGAAAAGGUCUCGUCCGUUUGGGAGUUGAUUUUGGACAACAAUGGGUUGGGAAAGGAAAUCAGCAGAACUGUUGAAGGGGGUUUCUGUCGAUUGAGCGGCCGCGAACCGCCUCUGUUUCCUCCUCCAGCAGAUGCGAAAGAAAAUGCCAAUGCCGAUACCAGUGCCAAUACUAGUGCCAAUCCGAAUACCGAUGUCAAUGGCAAUGUCAAUGCCAAUGCCAAUGCCAGUGGCAAUGCCAAGGAGAAAGGAAAAGAGAAAGGAAGAGCGAAAGGGAAAGGGAAGGUGAAAGGGAAGGAAACGGCAGCAGCAAGUGAUUCACAUGAGAAAGAGAAAUCAAAUUCCGCGUCGAAGAAGAGGAGUUACAGUGAGAUAAAUGCACAAGGACAAGGAGAGGAGAAUCAAGUUGCAGCCAAGUCUGAUAAACCUCUAGCUGCUGCGCCUGAAGAAUCACAAGUCCUGAAGACUUGAGCUAACUGCUUCCUCAUGACAAUCUUGUUUGCAAUUCUUUGGCUAGUUUUGUAGGAAGUGUAUAAAUUGCACAUUCGAGAUUCUCUAAUUUUGUGCAUUGUGGCAGACGUGGGUUAGGGCCGUUGACUAGGGCAUUGUGUCGACCUAGUUGAAUUCGAAUUCAUCUUCAUGCGGAUUAGAGUAUUAGUUUAGAAAUCACUUUGUCAGAAAAGAAAAAUUGUCAUGCUACCUGUGUAACAGAAGUUUAGUAUCAAUUAAUAUUUGAUA